CUUCUGAUUCUGAGGUUUUGGCUUCUUUGCAUACUCCCCCGCCUAUGGUUUCCUUCUAGGGUUUUACAGCCCCUCUGUUUCUUCUCUCCUCAUCUCAAAACCCAAACCCUAAGAAACUUCUCCUCCGCUCCAGCCAUGGAUAGAUACCAGAGAGUAGAAAAGCCGCGGCCCGAAACUGCCAUUAACGAGAACGAGAUUAGAAUCACCACCCAGGGCCUCAUCCGGAACUAUGUCAGCUAUGCUUCUAGCCUCCUUCAGGAAAAGAGGGUUAGAGAGAUUGUCUUAAAGGCAAUGGGACAGGCAAUCAGCAAGGCUGUGGCUGUUGCAGAAAUUAUUAAGAACAAAAUUCCUGGGUUACAUCAAGAAACGGCCAUCAGUUCAGUCAGUAUCACCGAUAUAUGGGAACCUAUCGAGGAGGGCCUUGUACCAUUGGAGAUGACGCGCCAUGUUUCCAUGAUAUCAAUAUCUCUAUCAACCAGAGAGCUAAAUAAGAACUCCCCUGGGUAUCAAGCUCCAUUGCACUCAGAGCAGCCAAAACAACAACAAAAAUUCCAUCAGCCACAACUAUAUCAAAAACAGCAGCAGCGUCAGCCCGGACAAGCACAAGGUCAACUUAAUGAAGAUUCAUAUGGACGUGGACGUGGUCGAGGUAGGGGAAGAGGAAGGGGUUGGGGUAGAGGAGGAUACGGUGGAUAUGGCGGAUAUGGAAACAAUCAAGGUGGAUAUGGCAAUAACCACGGUGGAUACGGUGGAUAUGGCAACAACCAAGGCGGAUACAACGGAUAUGGCAACACCCAUGGUGGAUACGGCGGAUAUGGCAACAAUCAAGAAAAUGGUGGAUGGAACUGGAAUUGGGGUCGAGGUGGUGGGCGAGGUAGAGGUGGUUGGGGCUACCGUGGAGCGGGAUAUGAACGAGACAGAGGUGGUGGGGGUGCUGGAGGUAGAGGUUACGGCUAUGGACGGGGAAGAAUGGGUGGCCGUGGGAGGGGGAAUCAGGCCUGAUUUAGUGGUGAUGGGCUUGUAUGGUUCUUGUGCAUGCUUGGUUUUUAGGGACAAAGAAAAAUCUAUCAAGGGACUUGUUUAGAGCCAUCAAAUAUGACAUUGUGGUUAUCUGGCAUAGGGUUUAAUGAUAAGCGAAGUGGUUCUGUGGUUGCUCUAUUACAUGUGAAUGUUGGCAGGCCAAGUUUGUUCCUUUGUUUCCUAUGGUUGCUGAGGUGCUUAGAGCAUGCUGUAAUUCACUCACCAGUUUCCCCCCAUGUAUUUAAAACAUUUUUCAUAGUGCAUUUCUUGAAGCUUAAGUUCUAUCUUGGCUUUCUUUUAAAAUUAAA